AUGAGCGGGAGCGGCGCCCCCGGGCCCGGCGCGGCGCCCUGCCGCUUCGCCCACUACUUCGUGCUGUGCGGCAUCGACGCGGAGAGCGGGCUGGAGCCCGACGAGCUGGCAGUCUUGUACAAAUGGCUAGAAGCAGAUCUCCAUGGCAAGAGCUCAGAUACUGCAGACAAAACCUCAGGAGAGAAUUUCGACCAGAGUCCCUUAAGAAGAACCUUCAAGUCCAAAGUUUUGGCCCAUUAUCCUCAGAACAUCGAGUGGAACCCCUUUGACCAGGAUGCCGUCAACAUGCUGUGUAUGCCCAAAGGGCUGUCUUUCAGGACACAGGCAGAUAACAGAGAUCCACAGCUCCAUUCAUUCAUCAUCACCAGAGAAGAUGGCUCUCGUACGUACGGGUUUGUGCUCACGUUCUAUGAGGAGGUCACGAGCAAGCAGAUCUGCACAGCCAUGCAAACGCUCUACCAGAUGCACAAUGCAGAGCAAUACAGCAGCGUCUGCGCCUCCUCCUCAUGCAGCAUGGACUCCCUGGCCAGCAGCAUCGAUGAGGGCGACGCCACGUCCCUCGCCAAGCUCCAGCGGUACAACUCCUAUGACAUCAGCAGAGACACGCUGUAUGUCUCCAAAUGCAUAUGCCUCAUCACCCCUCUGCCCUUCAUGCAAGCCUGCAAGAAGUUCCUGAUCCAGCUCUAUAAGGCGGUGACCUCCCAGCAGCCGCCGCCUUUGCCCCUGGAGAGCUACAUCCACAACAUCCUCUACGAGGUGCCCCUGCCGCCCCCGGGGAGGUCGCUCAAGUUUUAUGGGGUUUACGAGCCCAUCAUUUGCCAGAGACCUGGGCCCAACGAGCUGCCGCUCUCUGACUACCCGCUGCGGGAGGUCUUCGAGCUGCUGGGCCUGGAGAACCUGGUCCAGGUUUUCACCUGCGUUCUUCUGGAGAUGCAAAUCCUUCUGUACUCACAAGAUUAUCAGCGUCUGAUGACGGUGGCAGAGGGGAUCACGACACUGCUGUUCCCAUUUCAGUGGCAGCACGUGUACGUCCCCAUCCUUCCUGCCUCUCUCCUGCAUUUUCUGGACGCUCCCGUUCCCUACCUGAUGGGGCUGCAGUCCAAGGAGGGAACCGACCGCUCCAAGCUGGAGCUGCCUCAGGAGGCAAACUUGUGCUUUGUAGACAUCGAUAACCAUUUCAUCGAACUGCCGGAGGAAUUCCCCCAGUUCCCCAACAAGCUGGAGUUUAUCCAGGAAAUCUCCGAGGUUCUCCUGCAGUUUGGGAUCCCGCCGGAGGGUAACCUGCACUGCAGCGACAGCGCCACCAAACUCAAGAACCUGGUUCUUAGCGACUUGGUGAACGACAAGAAGAACGGGAACAUCCCCGGCAAUGCCCUCAACAUGUACGAGCUGCUGAAAGGCAACGAGACGAUCGCCCGCCUACAAGCCCUCGCCAAGAGAACGGGCGUGACGAUGGAAAAAAUGACCAUCACAGCUCCCCUCGCGGAGAAGGAGAAGGAUGGGAAAUUGCCAUGUGAGGAGGUGGAGCUGAGGGACUACAAACUGAACGUGCAGCUUCGCGAGGUUUUCGCCAACCGCUUCACGCAGAUGUUCGCAGACUACGAGGCUUUCGUCAUUCAGGCUGCCCCCGAUAUGGAGUCAUGGCUGACAAACAGGGAACAAAUGCAAAACUUUGACAAAGCUUCCUUCCUUUCGGACCAACCCGAGCCUUACCUCCCAUUCCUUUCACACUUCAUCGAAACACAGAUGUUUGCAACCUUCAUAGACAAUAAGAUAAUCUCCCAGUGGGAAGAGAAGGACCCUUUUCUGCGAGUUUUUGACUCCCGAAUUGAGAAAAUAAGGCUAUAUAAUGUAAGGGCCCCUGCACUGCGGACAUCCAACUAUCAGAAAUGCAGCACUUUGAAAGAAGCAGCCCAAUCCAUUGAGCAGCGGCUGAUGAAGAUCGAUCACACAGCUAUCCACCCACACUUACUUGAUAUGAAGAUUGGCCAAGGGAAAUACGAACAAGGAUUUUUCCCAAAGUUGCAAUCGGAUGUCUUGGCAACAGGACCCACCAAUAACAACCGCUGGGCCAGUCGCAGUGCCACUGCGCAGCGGAGGAAAGACCGCCUGCGGCAGCACUCGGAGCACAUCGGGCUGGACAAUGAUUUGAGGGAGCCAUCGGAGGAGCUUUUGCUUCGUCAGAACUCAAUGGCCUUCUGGGAGUGGGAUCAGGGACCACCCCCUCCUGCACGGCCUCCUAAAAAAUCCUUCUCUGAAUGCUGCCUGAAAUACAUGCAGGAGGCGAGGAGUUUAGGAAAAAAUUUAAGGCAGCCCAAACUCUCAGACCUCUCUCCAGCUGUGAUUGCACAGACCAACUGGAAAUUUGUGGAAGGGUUACUGAAGGAAUGUCGCAUGAAGACUAAACGCAUGUUGGUAGAGAAGAUGGGCCAUGAAGCAGUCGAGCUGGGACAUGGAGAAGCCAACAUUACAGGUCUGGAGGAAAAUACGUUGAUUGCUAGUCUCUGUGAUCUGCUAGAAAGAAUCUGGAGCCAUGGUCUGCAGGUCAAGCAGGGGAAAUCUGCUUUGUGGUCCCAUUUACUUCAGUACCAGGAGAGAGAAGAGAAGCAAGAGCACAGUGCAGAGUCCCCAGUUGCUGUUGGAACAGAAAGACGAAAGUCUGAUACAGGAAUUACUCUGCCUACUUUGAGGGUUUCCCUGAUACAAGAUAUGAGGCAUGUUCAGAACAUGAGUGAGAUAAAGACUGAUGUGGGGCGAGCCCGAGCCUGGAUAAGGCUUUCUCUGGAGAAGAAGCUUUUGUCUCAGCACCUGAAGCAGCUGCUUUCCAACCAGGCACUUGCCAAGAAACUUUACAAGCGUUACGCUUUCCUGCGCUGUGAAGAAGAACGGGAACAGUUUCUGUAUCACCUGCUCUCACUCAACGCAGUGGAUUACUUCUGCUUCACAAGCGUCUUCACCACAAUCAUGAUCCCUUAUAGGUCAGUGAUAAUUCCCAUCAAAAAACUAAGCAAUGCAAUAACCACAUCAAACCCAUGGAUUUGUGUAUCAGGAGAACUAGGAGAUACAGGCGUAAUGCAGAUUCCUAAAAAUCACCUAGAAAUGACAUUUGAGUGCCAGAAUUUAGGGAAGCUGACGACCGUUCAGAUUGGUCAUGACAACUCAGGGCUACUAGCCAAGUGGCUGGUUGAUUGUGUCAUGGUCAGAAAUGAAAUAACAGGACACACGUACAAGUUUCCCUGCGGGCGAUGGCUGGGAAAGGGCGUUGACGAUGGCAGUUUGGAGCGAAUACUCAUUGGAGAGCUGGUGUCCUCCACAUCUGAGGAAGAGCUGGGGAAGCAGUGCCGUACCCCACCCCAGCAGAAAUCUCCUACCACGGCUCGACGACUGAGCAUCACUUCCCUCACAGGGAAGAACACCAAGCCUAAUGCGGGACAGAUCCAAGAGGGUAUCGGGGAAGCCGUGAACAAUAUUGUGAAACACUUUCACAAGCCAGAGAAAGAGAGAGGGAGCCUUACCAUUCUGUUGUGUGGAGAAAACGGUCUGGUCGCAGCACUAGAGCAGGUCUUCCACCAUGGAUUCAAAUCGGCUCGCAUUUUUCAUAAGAAUGUCUUCAUCUGGGAUUUCAUAGAGAAAGCUGUUGCUUAUUUUGAAACCAGUGACCAGAUUGGAGACAAUGAGGAGGCCCUUUUGCUUCAGAGAUCUUCAUGCAAAACCUUCUGUCAUUAUGUGAAUGCCAUCAAUACAGCUCCAAGGAACAUUGGAAAGGAUGGCAAAUUCCAAAUUCUGGUUUGCCUGGGGACAAGGGACCACUUGCUCUCUCAGUGGAUCCCGUUGCUGGCAGAGUGCCCACCCAUUACAAGGAUGUAUGAGGAGAAUGCUCUCCUACGGGACCGCAUGACUGUCAACUCCCUUAUCCGAGUCCUACAGACAUUGCAAGAUUUCAACAUCAUCCUAGAAGGAUCGCUCAUUAAAGGAGUGGAUGUUUAGCAUGGCUUUGCUGAGAACUUCAUUAUUCCUUUCCCAAGCAAGCAAACCACAAUUGGAGACCUGUCAGGACUUGAACGCAAUGGUAGUGCACCACUGUAAGGCAAAGCUGCUGGUUGAAGGAGGAGCGGGAAGCCCAGUUUGUGCCCGAUGGGGACUGUCCUCUAAAGCUGCAGAAAGCUCAGAUGCAGUAUUGUAGUUUAUUUGAAACAGAAAUUUAGUAUAAAAUAGAGUAUUUUCAUGUGUUAGAUGUGUGUAAAUAUGCUAUCUUCUUUAAGAAAUUAUAUUACUCUAAGAAAUUUUUCUUAGACUGAAUGUUCUUGUUCUGACUAUGAGUAGCUUAAACCCAGGGGAAGGACUGGGGGGAGGGAAGGACCGAGGUGGGAAGGGAUGCCGCUACUUGCUUGCAAGGAAGAAGCCAAUCAAUGUGUAAAUACAGCGCAAACUCAGCAGGGCUUUUUUCAGGUAUUGCAAAUUAAUACAGCAAAUAUCCUUAUGUAGCCAUUGUGAUUGUCUCACUCUUGGAAAUGUUGUAAGCAUAUGCUGUUUUACCCUACUGUACAUGGUCUCUUAGUUUUUUGUUUGUUCACAGACUCAGCCCUUUCCAUGCACAGAAGUUGUGACUCGUCAUUUUUUUUCUGUAAGGUCUUUUGUGUCACUUCUGUUGAUCUCCAAAAGGGGAGACAAGUGUUGAAAUGCUUAAACACUGGAGAGGAGGACUGCUGUCAGCCUCGGAGCCUGGGAGUAUGAGAGACCUAUUUAAGCGGUGCUGCUGCAGCCUGAGAUGGGGAAUGAUGGCUUGCUUGACUCGCUCGGUGUGUCCCUUGCCUGCCUAGAUGUUCUGAUGAUUCCCCCUCGCCCUCAGCCAGUUUGUGUUGUGGAUGGCUUUCCCCCCCACCCCACCCCAUGUUGAGGAAUUUGGUUUGUACCAAAUUCUUGCUGUACUUGAGAAGAAUUAUUGCUGUAGAGCCACAAACACCGAUGUUGCUGUGCUACUGAACUGUAUCAGCUGGUUUUGAAAUGCUGACAGGUUAUGAGUCUUCCUUUAUCCCACAGAAUGAGUGUUCCUAGGAAGUACAGGAUCUUUGAUUACUUUUUUUUUUUAAUUAUCCAGCUACAAAAAAAAAAAAAAGGAAUGAAGCAAAAGGAGGACAAAAAAGAAUCUCACUUUGGUAUUUUGAGGCUUCUCUCCUACACUCUUUCCAGUUAAUGUGUUAGUAAUACAGUGUGUAUAUACAGAUACAGCUCUUGAAGAGGAACUGGGAGCAACUGAAAUCCUGUACGCUAAAAAUUUAACAAGAGAUUACAUUAAAAUCAUCUUGUGGAUACCAUGCAGCAAAUACAGAGUGUAUUUUCCGUUCUUGUGGAUGGGAGUUGGAAGGAUCUGAGGGCAUAGUUAGCUUCAUCUGGUUUUAGUUUUUGGAGGUUAGUUUAAAUAUAGGUGUUUGUUUUCACUUGUUUAUUCCCUAUGAUCUUGGCCAUUUCGUCAGUGGAUUUCUGUGGAUGUCUCACUGUCGGCUGUGGCUUGGGAAAGGCCCCUAAUUGGUACUGUAAGUGUAUUGCCUUGCACUGUGCUCUGAAGUCGCAUUAAGAGGGACUUGUGAGUGGUGGGCAGUAGCAGGUCUCAGUAUGGUGUGCACAUGGUGGAGAGAGGGAUGAGAGCUAAGGAAAAGGAAAGAGGAUGAAAAUUAGGGUUUGCUUUCUCACCUGCCUUUUGUCAAGCUUCUCUACUUUCCUGUGGUCCCUCUGCUGUCCAAUUCUUAUACCAGCACUCACUUUAGUGUCAAAGUUUCACGUCAUAUUCCCAGCCAGAAAAAAACUCUUUGUGUGAUUUUGUUUCAUUAGAAGGGAGAGUUUUAUGUUAUAGAAGUUUUUUUGUUUCUAAGAAAGAAGUAAAAUAACACUGUCAGGGAGUCGUUGACUUUAAUGAGGGUUCCAGCUUUUAAUAACUGUUCUUUCCUCCUGGGCUUGUACUUCCUUAAACUGACUAAACUCAUCCCAAAUACAGCAGGCAGCACUGCCAUGUCACUACUGUGGGUGUGAGUAACUAACGUAAAGGCUGUGAAUGGUGUAAUGAGUUAGUAGCCAGAGCCCACGGCUGUGUGACCUCUCUUACGUUUCCAGAAAUGUGAAAUUUGGGGUGUUAUGGUUUUCUGUGUGGCCAGGCAAGUCUGCUUAAAGUCAGCAGAAGAUUCAUGACAACCCUUCAGCAGCAAUUGAAAAUGCGUCCCUAGUACUUAACUCUAUCAAUAAAUUAUACAUUUAGCACCAGAAACCAUGUGGCAGCAUUAUUUAGUAAUGACUGCUUAGGAUGUUUUGAUUUCUAUUACAACUCAGGCCUUUUAUGUCUAAUGACUGCUAUACAUGAUUUUUUCACGCCCAACCCAGUCUAAGUGACUUUCAUUUUACUGAAAUAAUAACCUCUUUAGUCCUUGGAUUUCUUCGCAGCAGCAUCUGCAUUUGCUAGCUGGAUACUUCUCAAAAGUAUACUGCUGCAUACUUCUCCAAAGACUUUGUGACUUAAGCAGUUGUAACAUUCAUCUGACGUGACACAGGUUAAGUGCACGCAGGAUAAAGCAGAAAUGUAGGCAGCUCUAAAGGUCAAGCAUAGAUGAAUAAACCACACACAGAGAAAAGGGCAAUAACUACAUAAAGUCUUUCUUAAGUUAAAAAAAGUCAAAACCUGAGAAAUUUUAAAAUUCAAAACAGGGCCUUCCCCCAUUUCAAACUACAUUAAGGAAUCUGUAGCACUUAACUUUAACACAACUUCACAUCAGCUUUUUCAGCAAGUGUUGACUUGUUUGGUUUUGUCAGGUUUCACAUCAUAAUAAUAAUACAAUAAAAAUUAUGUAUGUCUAAUAUUUCCUUGUAGGCAAUAAAACACUCUAAGAUAUGUUGAAAGGGGCACAGCUGAGUGCCUCAGAUUCCUAGAAGACUAGUUAUUUGACAACCUUGGGAGUACAGUUCUUUAUAGUGAAUUUUUAUUCUACCAUGUAUGAUUUAUUUUUUUUUUAGUAGACUACUUUUGUUUAUUGGAAACUGUGAGGUUUUUUCUGUAAGGUUUACAGAAAUCAUUCUACCCACUAGAAUGGUGAGAAACCCAUCAGGAUUCUUCUAAGCUAACACAGUUUUUACUUCAGUGUUAAAGCACCUUCUUUGGUUGAGAAAGGGAAUCUUGGAAAAGACCAAAGCUCUCUGGUAUCUGCUUUUAAAAAAAAAAUUCCUAUCCAAUACCCAUCUGCAGAUGUCUGAGUUUGCAUAGUCCUGUUAUACUAACAUCCAGCAUGGUAACUUGAGGGAGUCAGAAAAUCAAAUGCCUCACUAUGUACAAAAUGUGUAUUUAUAAUUCUCUGGAACGAAUUAAAUUCUACUGUUUAGUGAAAAAUCUACUCAUGUUUAUUCUGAGUUGGUUUGUGUAAUUAGAUAUCAUUGUUCAAAAAUGUCUUUUUAGAAUAGUUGCGCAACGGCAUAUUUGAGAAAAUUCCUUCUUUCAAUCAAACGAAGGUGUGCAUCUUGAGGGGAAAUAUUGUAUGUUACACUUGAAAUGUACAAAUGUGCCCUGUAUAGCUUAAAAUGAUCCUUAAAUGUCUCCAUUAAGUAUAUUUUGUCUUUACAUUAUUAUUAACUGAAUAAGAACUGGAUUAUUUUCAAGACAACAUUAGUAAAAGUAUUGUUAUAUCAAGCACUUUAACAUACAUACCACAAACUGACAUGGGUUUUUCAGGUUUUGAAGUACAUUGAAAUACAGCUUUUCAUGCUAUGUCCUUUACAAAUAAAACUGUGA